GUUGACAGUUCAGAUUUCACAUUGAAAGUGUUUGGGUUUGGUGUUUUGUUCGUAAAUUUCUAGUCGUUUUUCGCGAAAAUAAUGGAAAAUCCCGAAGAAAUCCUCGGCAGUUUGGAAGAAUUUGCUAAAAUGAAACCGAAAGAUAUUCCUAGAGAACUCGAGGAGUAUUUGAAAUACGUAGCCAAAACGGGAGACCCGAUUUACCAGUGGGCCGCCAUUAAAAGCCUUUUUCGGGAAAAAUUUAUAAAUGUAAUAACCGAUUUUUACGAAUCUAGUGUUAUCUUAGACAUUCCCCCUUGCCCCAACGUAGAAAUGUUUAACUAUGAACUUAUGAAGGGAUUUAUAUUGGAGAAAUUGGAUAGUUUUUCCGCGGCCCCAUUUACAUUACAAAGGAUAUGUGAAUUGUUGACCAAUCCUAAAAAAGAGUAUAGCAGGAUAGAUAAGUAUAUGAGAGCCUUAGAGAAGAACGUUUUAGUUGUAUCCACUGUUGAGCCUGGUGGCCGUCGAACUGAAAAUGGUGAAAGCUUUAUGAACGGCCUAGAAUCAGAUCAUGAACAUGUUCCUGAACCCAGUAGUGAGAUUAAUGUAGAGGAAAUGGAUGAGUCUCCAUAUGUCCAAGCUAACAAUCACAUUGCUGAAAGAAUAAGCACCGAAAGUAGCAACGGGCCUCACACUGAAUCCGCUAUGCCCCACAUAGAAAUGGAGACAGUUGAGCAAUCCAUAACCACCACAUGUGAAACAACCACAAAUGCUACUUGUACUUCAACAAGUACAAAUGAUGAAUAUGUGUGUGUUCAAUAUGUAGCUAUAGAGCCGAUAACUGGGGAAUCUACUCAAAACAAUCUUGAAGAUGGAAAAGCAGCAGCAACAGAUUUUUGUGUUACUAUUGCUGCUGUGAAUGUCAAAGAGGGUAAUGAAGUUGUUAUGACCGAGACUGUGACUCAACUCACAGAGGCAAUUAUAACACAAGUUGAAGGAAAUGUUGACGAAACUACAGAGGAGGUCAGUCGAGCAAGAGGAGAAGUAACAGAUCCUGAGCCUGUUAAAGAAAUUACAUCUGAGGCUGAAGUAGUUGUCGAACCAAGUAGCGUUAACCUUACAAACAUGGAGACUGAGCAGCAACCUCAGGCAUCUGAUCAGAUAGAAACUGUUUUCCCAGCACAAGAAUCUACUAAACCUGAGGAACUGGAGAUGAUGGAUUCUUCUACAGAACCAACUCAACCAAUUCCAACUACUUUACAAGAAGAAGGUGUCGAUAAAGAUUCCACUCCAUCUUCAACUAGUCCUGAGCCAGAGAAACUGUGUGAUACUCUUCCAGAAGAAAUAACAAAAAUUCCAGAGCCUGUUGAGAGUGAAAAUGUGUCGCCAGAGAAUAGCAUCAGUAGCUCAGAUAGCUCCUCUUGUCAGUCUAGUGGGGAAACUAAUAUAACAGAGUCUGACGAGACUUCUUCUAGCAGUCUUGGGGAUGAGGCUCAACAAAAACAAGUUCAAAAAUUAGAAGAAGUAGCUGUUACAGAAAAAGUUCAAGAGUCUAGUGAGGCUGAAAGUGUUGAUUCCACAACUCAAGAGCCGAAAGAAGACUCCCUAAUCACAGAAUCUUUAGAAAAACCUAGUGAUGAACCCGGGCCUACAAUAACUCCUGAGAAAAAAAGUGAAAAUUCUGAAGUUCCCAAGGAGAAAGGGGAUACAGAAAUGGAAAUAGAUGUUACCCCUGAAAGUACCUCAGAUGAAACUGUGAAGCAAGAAGGUGUUAUAACUCCACCACCAGCAGCAGAGGGGGAGGGAAACCCAUAAACUCAUUGAAACAUUCUAUUUGAGGGAAAUUAAAUACAGUGAGAAUUUUUAUCCUGAUUGCAAGCAAAUUACAUAUGUUUUUAAUUGCUAUAUAAAAGGAUUCUAUGUAAAUACAACUCGCUAGAGUUAGAAUUUUUGUGAGGUGUUUAUUUUUUAUGAUUAUAAAUAUUACACACAACACUGGAAAUUACACUGCAUAUUUCACAUGUUUUGUUAGUUGUAAUUAUUAAUUUUUUUAAAUUAGAUUUAGCUGAUUUUUUCUAAAUAAAUGUUCUGAUUGUAAA